CGUACCCCGAGAUCCUCUCGCGUACUCGCAUUACAGCGCCACCUGUCGGUUUCGACCCAAAGCGCAGCGCCUCCUCUCCUUCCUACUCUCCAAUGUUCAUAGCUCGGCCGGAGACCGUCGUCUUCCCGGCUCCAUUUCAACUGGAUUUUUAACACUCCCAACCGACCCAGAUCAGGACAGGACCGCGUCUAAGGUGGAAAAUGUCCAGUGAAAGGCAACGGUCAGAUGAUGAAAGUCCCAGCACCAGCAGUGGUAGUUCUGAUGCAGAUCAGAGAGACCCUCCGGUGCCAGAACCAGAGGAACAAGAGGAGAGAAAACAGCCCACGCCUCCACAACAGCAGAAGAAAUCCACCAAACUGUCCAGCAAAACAACCGCCAAAUUAUCCUCCAGUGCAAAGAGAAUCCAGAAAGAGCUCGCAGAAAUCACUCUGGAUCCGCCGCCCAACUGCAGUGCGGGACCCAAGGGCGACAACAUCUACGAAUGGAGAUCCACCAUCUUGGGACCUCCGGGUUCAGUCUACGAAGGGGGAGUGUUCUUUUUGGACAUCACCUUUUCUUCUGAUUACCCCUUCAAGCCACCAAAGGUCACGUUCCGUACGAGGAUCUAUCACUGCAACAUCAAUAGUCAAGGUGUGAUUUGUCUGGACAUCCUGAAGGAUAACUGGAGCCCAGCUCUGACCAUCUCGAAGGUCCUGCUCUCCAUCUGUUCCCUGCUGACAGACUGUAAUCCAGCGGAUCCUCUGGUGGGGAGCAUAGCUACUCAGUACCUGACCAACAGAGCAGAACAUGACAGGAUAGCUCGACAGUGGACCAAGAGAUACGCCACAUAGACGGCGACCGCCGGCAACCCCAGAUACCCCACCUCCACCCCGAUUUUCCUCUGCCCCCUCCCGUUCCCUCUCCACUCCUCCCUCACCCCCAGUCCCCAUCACCCGCAGGAGUGUAAAGAUCCAGGAGAGGCAACUUUACAACGUGCAACAAAUCUUUAUAGCCUUUACAAAACGGACUUCUGUGUAUAUGUCAUACCGAUUCUACCCCGUGUUUUUACCCAAUACGGACUGGGAGCGCAGACAGAACCGACCGCGGUAAGGCUGCCGGAGUAGAAUUUUGUAGCGGUAGAUUUAGUUCUGUUUAAAAGCCUUCUUGCAAGUCUUGCUUCUUUGGGAUAUAAAAUGUAUUUUGUGAUGUAACAAGGAAGAUGUUCCUAAAGUCAACCAAAUAUUAUGGUGCAUUUUAGCCUAAUUCAUUAUCUGUAUGAAGUCAACGGAAAAAACGAAAAAGACUAAAAAAAAGAAAAACGAGCUGUAGAUUAUUAGAAAUGAUGUCAUUUAUAUGAGACCCACACUCAUUUCCAGUUCUGUGGUACAUGCUGUUGUGAAUCUGUUAUACCUUUGUCAGUUUGUAAUGAAGAGAUCUCAUUGAACGUUUUGUAGCUCAGCUGAAAUGAGCCUUCACUGUAAAAUCCCCUUGAACACAAUAAUAAUAAAAAACCUUUCCCCGGA